CACAGUCUAAGUACUAACUCAUUGCGUCAGUAGCCUACGGCCCACUUUAAAGAAACUUAACAAGAGAAGCAAAACAGCCAUAUCCCUCCUCUCCUCUGCAAACUUCACUCUCUCCUCCCUCUCUGCCGAGUUCCAAUCAAAGUUUCCCACUCGUUCGCCAUUAUACGCGCCUUUGCCUCUCAAAUUUCGGUUUUUUUUUUUUUAACCUGAGAUUAUGGAAACCCUAAAUUUGAUAUUUUUCCUUUUAAUUUGAUAAUUUCUGUCCUUUUCUUAGAUUUGAUGUAGCGAAAGAAAAAUCCAUGGAUUGUCUUUGUGUUCCUGAGGGUGAAUUUGAAGAGUUGCUUGAACAUGUUCCUUUAUCAACAAGACGAAAAUUAUUACUUUCUUCCACCGUUUCGUUUAAAAACCAAGUUAAAAGCUCCAAUUCCCUGGGCCUUCUCUCUCUCCCUCCUUGCACUGCCGGAGAUCAGGUGGAUCAACAUUUGCCAAAAGAAGACGGUCCUAAUUGGAAAGUUACUGCUGAUGCAACCAAUGAAGUUGCAACCAAUGAACAUUCCUUAGAUUCUGGUGCAGUUGCUCGAUGUUCUCAGUAUACCACUUCUUGCCAAGGUGUAGGUUUGCCUAUAAAUGGCAACAGCCAAGGAGGUCAAGCAGGCAAGCUGACAGGUACUGAAGAUAAUGCUCGUGCUUCUGGACUGGAAAAAAUUAAUGUUGGCGUCCCUCUGCCUCCAAAUCCUGUGCUGUCAAAUGUUUCUGAUAUUAUAAAGGUUGAGUGUGCUCAUAACAUGCUGCGGAGUCUAUCAAAAGAUGAUACUAAUAGUUCUGCUGGUACUGGUGAUAUAGCUUCUUGCCAAGAUGUAGGCUUGCCUAUUAAUGGCAACAGCGAAGGAAGUCAAGCAGAUCAGCUGAAAGGUACUGAAGCUGAUGCUGAUGCUGAUGCUUCUGGACUGGAUAAAAUCAAUGUUGGCAUCCCUCUUCUUCAAAAUCCCAUGCCAUUGAAUGCUUCUGCUAUUAAAAAUGCUGACUGUGCAGAUAACAUGCUGUUCAGUUUAUCAAAAGAUGAUAGAAAUAGUUCUGCCAAUACUGGUCUUAUGGCUGAGAAUGCCAUGGAUAAAAGGCUCAGUGAGUUUACAUUUGAUGAACUUGACCACAUUGUAUUGAAAGAAAGACAAAAAUUACUUCUAAAAAGGAAACUAACGGAAUUGGAAAAGCCAGCUCUUGAGGGUACCUCUGUGGGGUUGGCAGAAGAUCUUAUGGAAUACUCUGCCAAGAUAAUUAAAGAAGAGCUUCAGCCUAUCGAUGGAGAAUGUAUGACAGCUCGAAAUCAAUUUAACGACAUUCCUGUAGGAAGUGCUUCGGAUCUUUCUAGUUGUUCAGUGAAUGGUUCAUCUGGUUUGGAAUACUCUGCUGGGAGGAACAAAGAAGAGCUUCAAUUUGUUAAUGGAGAAUCCUGGUUGGUUGGAAAUGAACUUAAUGUCAUUCCUAAUAGAAGUGCUUCUGAUCUUCAAAGAACUUCUGCCACUGGGACUGAGGCAGCUAGGUCAGAAAAUAGAAUGGAAGAAAGCAACAUAAUAUGUCCCUCUGAGAGAACAUCCUUGGAGUUCAAAUCACAUGAUGGAGAUGAUUAUGUUCCUGCAAGUACAAAUAACAUAUACAAUUCAACUCUGAAUACUUCUGUCAAAGUGAAAGUUGAACCAUUGGAUUACAAUAACUUGCAAAAUCCAGAAAAGAACACUUCGGACAACAUGGUAUCAAUAAAGUAUGAAGAGGACAUCUCUGAUAGGAUAGACUAUAUGCUACUACGAGAUCGGAUGAAGCUGCUGACAUCAGUUGAGGAGUUUGAAUUGAAGGCUUCCAGGAAUUUUGAGUGCUUGAGGAAAACUGAUCCUGCAGCCUGUGGGUUUAGCUCCAUUGUUUCUGAAUCUGCCGAAACACUAAGGGUAAACCGUCCAAGGAAAAGAAAGAAGACUGCCACGGAUUCAGUUCUAACAGCUUUAGAAGAAGACGCACCUGGACUUCUCAAGGUUUUGCUUGAUAAUGGUGUUUCAGUUGAUGAAAUUAAGCUUUAUGGGGAGUCAGAGAAUGAUGAUGCCUUAGAUGAAUCAUUCAACGAAGGCAGCUUCUCAGAGCUUGAAGCUGUGAUGACAAAGCUAUUCUCUCAACCCAGCUCCUUAUUGAGGUUUGCCACUUUACGAUGCUCAAAGGGCUCAAAACCUAGUUAUUGCGUGGCUUGCCUAUUCUCACUUGUGGAACAGACCCGGUAUCUGCAGUUUCGUAGAUGGCCAGUUGAAUGGGGUUGGUGCCGAGAUCUUCAGUCAUUUAUAUUUGUCUUUAAAAGACAUCACAGAAUAGUACUUGAACGCCCAGAAUAUGGUUAUGCAACAUACUUUUUUGAGCUGUUAGAUUCCUUACCCAUUGACUGGCAGUUGAAGAGAUUGGUGACUGCCAUGAAGCUUACUAGCUGUGGCAGGAUUACGCUGAUCGAGAACAAACGAUUGUCGGUUGGAGAAGACUUGACUGAAGGUGAAGCAAAGGUGUUAAUGGAGUAUGGUUGGAUGCCAAAUACUGGCUUGGGAACAAUGCUCAACUACUGUGACAGAGUUGUUCAUGAUCGGAAGAACGAGAGUGACAGCUCGGAAUGGAGAUCAAAAAUAGGAAAGCUGCUAGUAGAUGGGUACAACGGUGGGACUAUUGUUUCAACCAGUCUCGUGGAGGAUGUCAUUCAAUAUAGGGAUGGUGAGAAGACACUGAUUAAACUGGAAUUCUGAUUAGAGAUUUGAACCGUGAACAUGUACAAAGAAACAUUUUGAAGGCUUUUAAGCAAUCAACCGCUAACGAAUUGAGUUCAAACUCCAGUUUACAUGUUUCUCUUAGAAAUAGGAAAAUGUCUAAUUAUUGCUUUCAUGUAUUUAGCUAAAUGGGAAAUUCUGAAUCCUCCAGUUUUCAUAACUAUACUUUGCCUUUUUUUGAAAAAAAAUCAUUCUUUGGUUAUGAUCGACAAACACAAACACAGAUUCAGACGCGCACACUUUUUUUUUUUUUUGAAAGUUGAAAUUUUAUCAAAACAGAAAGGAUUACAAAAUUGAAGCCACACGAUUACGUAUGUGGGGUGAUUUACGCUCAUCUUAGCUAGAGAAUAUGCAAAAUGAUUUACAUCUUUAGGCACACGGACGAACGAAAUGUUUCUAACAUCUUCGUAUAGAUUAGACAGAUAUAGACAGCAGGCAUACAUUAGGAUGCCAUU